ACCAUCUCCCCGUCGCGUCCUGCUCCCUCCUAGGCGUCCCAAAGGUAUCCUUCUGCUUUUCCUUGGCUUUGAUUGCACAGAGGACGCGUUGAGGGCUGAAACGACGCGCAUAUAGCCGCCGAUUCUCUCGCGAACAUGGCUCAAAACGGCGUCUCAUACAGCUCCUUCAACGCGACCUGCGCCAACCCAAGACCCAGCAUGCCCUUGACUGCGUACAGCUAUUCACCAGGCAUGUUCCAGACUGCCGGCCUGCGGAACUCCUUCGUGGACUGGGACUCUGACCCGUACCUCUACGAGGCCUCGCGGAACGACCUCAUCUCUCCGUACAAGGACUCGCUGCAAGCGGUCUCCUCGACACCUCCCUUUGCGCUCGGGUUCCCGUCCAGUCAGCUCUCGGGCUUUGCCUCAAACUCGUGCUCGUCUCCCUCCACCCCGCUGCAGGCCCUCUUCUCUUCUCCUAGCGCGCUCUGGGCAGCCGUCGGCUCCUCGGUAUCUCCGGUCCACCGUUAUGGCGUCCGCUCGCUCUCUCGCAGUGCAACCCGCAAGCCAGCCACACCUAGUAGCGGACAUAACUCCUAUGUGGCCACACCUGCAAGCAAGAUCCAGUCUCUCGCCGCGUACACGGCUGCCCAAGACCGGAGGACAUCCCUCGAAUCAGACUGUCCCUCCGCAUCUCUCUCCGAACUGCUCUCGCCCGCUCUUUCUGCGCUCUCGUCGAUGCCCACCUCUCCCUGUGCUCCCGCCUGUUCUGUCCAAGGCUCGCCCGCCGUACGCGUACGCGCUGCCACUGCUGAAAAGUCAUCUCCCCCUGCUGCAUCUACUACCGCUUCUGCACCGAGAUCUAAGGUCAUGGACAGCGCCGACAAGCGCGCUAUGCGCGAGGCUCUCGGUCUGCGCUAUCACACUCGUUCGCGAAGGCUGGACCGUUCUGCUCAUCUGCCCGCUGCGUCCACUUCAACGAUGGCUCGCCCCUCUGGUACUCGCAAGAGACCCUUGAAGGAUACCGAGCUCGAGCGGUCUCUGGUUCUCCCCGCUCGGAAGAGGCGAAGACCCGACUCUGGAGAACGUGUCAUACCCGAACGCCCCGAACAAGACAAUCAGGCUCCUUCCGCGGACGAAGACGCCCUCAUCCCUCAGCGCACAUUCCCUCCACAGGUCCCCAUUGACCCCGAAUUUUCGUUAUUCUACAGACGCUUCGCGGUGAGCUCGUACCAAGAGGAAUACGUUUCCAAGUACGCGAAGACCAAAGGCCUCUCCGACGCUACCUUCAACCCGCCGCGCGACGCCUUCGAUCUGUACACCCCUCGCUUCGUGAAGGGGAGGGGCACGACGAAGGUCGGGCUAUGUCCGUGCUGCAUGGAGAGCAGGAGUCGCGGUGGCGAGGACAAGAAGCUCUGGCUCUCUACCAAGUUCUCUGCGUUCAACUACCACAUGCAAUACGCGCACGGCAUCUCCGCGAUGACCGGCCGCCCGUUCUCGCCCCCGCUCGCGUUCCGGACCGUGCAGCGCACGACGGUCGGCAAGCUCGAGAAGACCCAUCUCAUGCAGGGCAAGUGCCACAGGUGCAAAAAGUGGGUCGCCGUUGAGGGCGUCAAGGACGUCCCCACGAAGGUCAAGGAGAUACACUGGUGGAAGCACGCGGCGGCGUGCCAUCAAGGGUCGACCAUGGAGGGGGAGGCGGACAUCUACAUCGAGGAUGAUAUCUAUCGCGCGGCUGUGGAAGCAGAGGCGGAGGCGGAGGCGGAGGCUGAGGCUGAGGCUGAGGAGGUUUCCGAGGCUGAUCGUGACUCCGAAACGGACUAGGCUCCUCGCUGUCCCGACUGGUCUCCUCGUUCUCCAGGUGAAUGCUCCGUAUCGAUAUUCAUGGAUGUCUGGUGAUUGUAGCGGCUCAUUGUACUGUCGUGGCGUCGAACGCGUGGUUCGAAUGUAG